AUGUCACACCCCGCCAGAGCGAUCGUGAGUCGCGAAGCACUCGGCGAAGACUUCCGCGGCUGGCAGAUGGAGGAUGUCAUGGUCCGGUCACCAAAGGCUCGGGAGUUGCUUGUGCAAAUGGUGGCAUGUGGUAUCUGUCAGACUGAUAUAGCAGCUGGGAGCGCGCCGACGGGCGUACAUGGAUCUUUCUAUCCCCGAAUUCUCGGUCACGAAGGAAGUGGUUACGUGCUCCAAGUCGGCGAAGACGUCACAAUCGCACAGCCAGGCGACCCAGUGCUAUGCUCAUACAACUUCUGCGACGACUGUCAGCUCUGCAAGGACGGCUGUCCAAGCCACUGUGUCAACUUUUUCACAGCAAACAGCGGUACACGAAACGGAGCAGACGUCUUCAAGAGUGCACAUAGCGGGACGGAAGACACAUUCAUCUCGGGGGCUUUCUUUGGCCAGUCUGCUUUCGCCAGCACCACGAUUGUUAGUGAGCACUCUGUCGUGAAUGUCAAAGGCUUGAUCACGGGUCGGGACGAGCUGCAACUGCUCGCUCCGUUGGGAUGUGCCAUUCAGACCGGGACAGGUACUGUGACGAGCACCAUCGAGGCCAAGUCUGACGAUAUCAUCUGUAUUCAAGGACUCGGGGCGGUGGGGCUCGCGGCAGUCAUGGGCGCCAAGAUUCAAGGAUGUCGGAGGAUCAUUGGCAUCGAUCGCGUGCGAAGUAGAUUCCAGAUCGCAAAGCGACUCGGCGUCACGGACAUCGUCGAUACUGCCAAUCUCGAUGGCAAGACACUCCAGCAAGCUGUGAAUGAGGUCUCUGAUGGUAUUGGACCUAGUAUCACUGUUGAUACAACAGGCGUUGGGUCACUCAUCGACGCUGGCAUCGCAUAUACACGACCGAAAGGGAAAUACGUCCAGGUGGGCUCUCCAGAAGCAGGGCAUAGGAUCAACUUCGAUUCGUUCUCGUGGCUGUUCAGCGGCAAACAGCUGUUGAGCGUGGUCGAAGGACAGGUUCGAGCACGUGAAUACAUCCCUCAGCUCAUUGAGUGGUAUCGCAAGGGGCUUCUGCCCAUCGAUCAACUAUGUAAAACCUUCGCAGCUAUCGACUUUGAGUCUGCAUUGCGCGAAAUGCGGUCUGGGGCUACAGUCAAGCCCAUCCUGUGUUGGUAG